GGUGGCGCCGCAGCCCCAGCCCUCCCGGCUCAGCGAUCUGUGGUGCCCACGCUGCCCUGCUCCCCUGGUGCUCCGUUCCCGCACCGCACCAAGCGGCCCCCCGCGAGGAGACGUCCCGGAGAGUUUGCCCGGGAGCGCCGGCAAGUUUCUUCCUCAGCCCGCUCUCCGGGAGCGGAACCUGCAAGUCGCCAGGGACGGAUGCCGAGGGGCAGAAGGUGGUAUCUUGGGGCACUGCAGACCACUUCAAUCCACUUUGUUGGACCUGCAAGGGGAGGGAAUGAAGAUCGCUGCAUGCACUCUGGGGUAACUUAGUAGCUACCUGGAAUGGAUCCUGCUCACCACCCCAGCCCCGGCGCCCUCGGAGAGGUACCAUGAACUCCAGGGUUCUGGAGACACACCCUCGUGGGGACAGGACACCCAAGCGAAGAGUGUCGAGUUUCCUAGCACCGGUCCGUCCAGUCCUCUGGCUUGUUUUGGUUCUAAAUUGAGCGUCCCUGCCCUGGUGCCUCCUUUGCCCUGGCCCCAAACUCCAGCAACUCUGCAGAGACUGCCAGCCAGGUGGGAAGGAAGUUCCUAGCCCAGGCUGGAUGGUGGCUGAGCAGAGGGCUGGAGAGGGCCAAGUGAGCCUCAGGUGUGAAGCAGGUCACUUUGAGGAAUGUGCCCUAAGAGAUCAAGAAAAGAUUGAAACUUCAUGGAGAAAUAAAUCAUGUAGCCUUUGAAUUCGGACAUGAAGAGAAACACGUCCAUCUGAAGUGGUCAUGAACCCCAAACAAGUCUUCCUUUAUGUCCUGCUGUUUGGGGCAGCUGGGCUGCUGCUCUUCAUGUAUUUGCAAGUCUGGAUUGAAGAACAGCACACAGGGAGAAUAGAGAGGAAAAGAGAACAAAAAGGAACAUCAGAAUGGCAGCCGGUACAGUCCUUGCAGCAUGCGUCCAGGAUGGUGACUACAGGGAGAAUCCAGGAACACAUCACCAAUCAGAACUCUGAGGUGCACAUGCCUGAGGACCUAAAGAAGAAAAGGGGAAAUCUGCUCAACCUGGGGGGACCCGCUAGGGUUUUAAAGAAGAACAGCCAUUCCCAAGGGGAGGAUGGAGCCCCCCAAUCAUCAACAGAUAACUCAAAAGAAACGCACCAAGUAGCUAAACCUCAAGCCUUUCAGAAGCCCAUCGAGAUGACUUGGCCCUUAAACAAAGGUUCAGUCCAAGGCAACAACAAAUGGAAGAAAGCAGAUGCAACCCAAGAGAAACGUCAGUCCUUCCUUCGUGAGUUUUGUAAGAAACAUGGUGGAGUAAAUGAUCCCAAAUCCAGUCUUUUUCAUAUAGUAUCCAGAGUCUAUGUAGAAGACAAACAUAGAACUCUGUACUGUGAAGUGCCAAAAGCUGGCUGCUCUAACUGGAAAAGGGUUCUGAUGGUCCUAAAUGGAUUGGCUUCCUCUGCAUACAAUAUUUCCCAUGACACUGUGCACUAUGGGAAGCAUCUGAAAACAUUAGAUAGCUUUGACUUAAAAGGAAUAGACAUGCGUUUAAAAGCCUAUACCAAAGUCGUGUUUGUUCGAGAUCCCAUGGAAAGAUUAGUGUCAGCAUUUAGGGAUAAAUUCGAGCAUCCCAACAGUUACUAUCAUCCGGUGUUUGGAAAGGCAAUUAUAAAGAAAUACCGACCAAAUGCCAUUGCGGAAGCAUUAAAUAAUGGAUCUGGAGUAAAAUUCAAAGAAUUUGUCUACUAUCUAUUGGAUGCUCACCGUCCAGUAGGAAUGGAUAUUCACUGGGAAAGGGUCAGCAAACUCUGUCAUCCAUGCUUGAUCAACUACAACUUCAUAGGGAAGUUUGAAACAUUAGAAGAAGACGCCAAUUACUUCCUGCAGCUGAUUGGUGCUCCAAAGGAGCUGAAAUUCCCGAACUUUAAGGACAGGCACUCGUCUGACGAAAGAACCAGUGCUCAAGUGGUAAGGCAGUACUUAAAGAACCUGACUAGAGCAGAAAGACAGCGCCUCUAUGACUUUUAUCACUUGGACUAUUUGAUGUUUAAUUACACAACUCGACAUUUAUAAUUUGCAUUCAUUUUCUAAAGCCUUACAUUGAUGUAAUGAUGAUGGCCUCAAAUCAACUCCUGUUAUUUUCCUACAAUUCUCUGUAUGGGGGAAAUUUAACUAAGUGAAGUUGUCUUGAUUGAAUGAAGAUUUUUUUUCUUAACCAAAGAGUAUGACAGCAAUUGGCACAAAGUUAUUGGAAAAUCAUCUCAAGGAGACGUAUAAACAACUCGAUGUGCUUUUAAAUGUUGGGGAAAGAGCUGUUUUGGCAUUGUGGCACAUACCGUGGCAGCAAUAACUUAGCCAACUGUUGCAUUAACCAAGAAGGCCUCUUGCAUGUAAAAUAAGGGGGUCAAAACUGGAGAGAAUUAUGUAUCCAAAUCCUGGCAUCAAUCUUCUAACAUGAAUGAGCCUAUUCUUAGCAGUCUGUAGCACAUGCAUCAAAUGACUGGGUGGUGUUCUUAUACGCUAUCCACUGUGAUGAUGGACCCAUUUUUAAAUGCUUGGGCAUAGGCAUUUUACUAUUGGUCUGGAGGCACUCUGUGAUUUUCAAUAUGAGAGUAGAACAGAAAAACAGAUGAAGCUGUGACUUAUUUUUAACAGCCAGUAAAAAAUGCACAACAUGCUAAGAUCAAAACAACAAAAGUAACCUUUCUCUUCCAGGAGAAACUUCAGGGAGUUGAUUUUCUUUGCGGGAGGCGGGGCAUUGGACCCUCCAUGAGAAGACAAAUGAGCACAACCAAGCAGGUCCUCAUUUCUAAGCAUCAUCAGAUAGAAAUGUGCUCUCAAUUCUGCUUGAAUUCGAAAGGGGGCAAUUGUUUCAGGAUGGAAUAAUCAUCAAAACCAAAAGUUGCCAUUCUGAAUAUAGAGCUCUAACAAUAACAGGGUUUUAUAAGAAUAUUACUUGAAUUAAAGCACCAUGUGCAGAACUUUCUAUGCAGAAUACCCUCUAAGAAUAGCUUUUGUUGCAGUCUAAUUAUUCAGCUUGGGAAUAACUUUUUAAGAACUAAUAUACCACUUCAAAGACAGGUUAUGUUCUGGAGGAUAAACAUAACAAGAGCCCCUAGAAAUGUUUUUAAUAGGCUUAUGCAUAAGCAAAUUAAGGUAUUUUCUUCCUAAGUUUAAAUACUCUCUACUAACAAAGCCAAAUACCAUUGCAUGCAAAUAUUAAAUCAAAGUCUUUGGAAAAUAAGACCAUGUGUCACCCUUAUGAAAAGUUGUAAUGCACUUUGGAAAUUUUUUCCAAGGGAUCUAAAAUUUAAAGACACAUUCAGAUGAGAAGUACAUUUUAAUUAGUUAACUACUAGCCUGGCUUAAGCAAACCACAUGUCAAUCAAAUCCUGUGGAAAUGUUUCUUAAACAUGUUUCUCUUCCUAAGCUAUCGUUUUUGAUCAGUAAAUACCCAGCUGUCUUGCUAAGAAAGCUAGGUCUUAAUAUUUGAAUAUUAAUAGACCGAGAUGCUUGUAGUCAUACGUGUCUCAUUUUGAUUUUCCAUUUCAUGGCUGAGUAUUCAUAAAUUGCUUCACUGUGUGUACACACCGCCCUAUCUCCUCCGCAUCUCAAAGGAGCGGGUGAGCUGUAGCGGGCCACAGCAGCAGCAUUAAACUCCGCACACCAACCUUC